CCUUCCUCAACUUCUGCGUCAUGAUUCAGAAGCUGCUCUCCUGCUUUGAGAUAUACUGGCUGCGUGGACUGCUCUAUUGGGUCUUGGCCGUCAGUCUCCUCCUGGUCGACAUUUUCAUUGACGACAGGAGGAGCCUGACGGCCUGGCUCUUCGCUCUCGCCCUGAUAGUCGUCGGCACCAUGUACGUGCUCGCUCACUGCAACGGAGAACGAGGAGGCGCGAGAGUCUCGGAUCUCAUCGAAGACAACGGAAGCAGCGGCUGGCGCUUUCCUCGGCUCUUUGGCAGAGGAGAAGGAGCAGGAGCAGGAGCAGUCACUUUGACGCAGGACGCGCUAGGAGAGGAUGUUGCGUUCCGACGAGCUGCCCUUAGAGCCGCCAUGUCAACUGCCUUGUAACUGUGAAUAGCAAACACCCUGUGCAU